AUGUUUGUUAGAUCUGGAGCUAACUGCGCGCGCAGCGUAGCUGGUCCCGCUAGAACUUUCGCUACGCUAAGGGAAAUUGAGAUGCGUUUGAAGUCGAUCAAGAACAUCGAAAAGAUCACCAAGACCAUGAAGAUUGUUGCGUCCACCCGUUUGUCCAAGGCCGAGAGAGCCAAGGUCACCGCUAGGGAGUACUCCAGCGCGGAGCGCCAGUUCUACGACAGUGCCGAGACCAAGCCCCUAGAGGGUGAAGGCGAGAAGAAGGACCUAGUCAUUGCUGUGACCUCCGACAAGGGUCUGUGUGGUUCGAUCCACUCGCAACUGUCCAAGGCUGUUAGAAACUACCUCGCGAAAACCCCAGGUGCGGACGUCGUGGCUGUCGGUGACAAGGUCAAGGCUCAACUUCUCAGAACUCACAGCGACCGCGUCAAGCUGGCUUUCAACGGUAUUGGCAAGGAGGCCCCCACUUUCGAAGAGUCUUCGCUCAUAGCCAACAAGAUCUUGCAGCUGGGCGGCGGCAACUAUUCCAAGAUUAGCAUUUUCUACAACGACCCAGUUUCCUCGCUGUCGUUCGAGCCUCGUGUCAAGCCUGUCUUCAACGAAACAGCCAUUGAGCAGUCCCCAUCGUUCGCCAAGUUCGAAAUUGACGCUGACUCCAAGGUUUCCCAGGACAUGUUCGAGUUCACUCUGGCCAACCAAAUUUUGGCUGCCAUGGCCGACGGUUACGCUGCCGAGAUUUCCGCUAGAAGAAACGCCAUGGACAACGCUUCCAAGAACGCUGGUGACAUGAUCAACAAGUAUUCUAUUCUCUACAACAGAACCAGACAAGCUGUUAUCACCAACGAACUGGUCGACAUCAUUACUGGUGCCUCUUCUCUGGGCUAA